AUGCCAGCAAUAGUUAAUAUUCUUCCUGCUAUUGGAGAAGUGCUAGAUUUAAGAGAUAAAACACUUUUGGGACUUGAAGCCUCUUCACUUGUUCGAAAAUAUCCAGACAUUCCUGUUGAAUAUCUCACUUCUUUAAUACAAAUACGUGAAGAUAUUGGACGAGCUGAGGCUAAAAAUAUUGCCGAGGAGGCAGUCAACAAUGCUCGAUAUCACCCUAAAGGAGAUCAGGAUGCUCAAAAACUCUUUCAGAUGUCUAAACCAGGUUUAACUUCAAAAACUGGAAGAGCAUUGCCCGCUCUUGAAUCAACAAUGCAUAAUAUGUUUGCCACAAUUAUAACAACUACAAAAGGGGGAAUACAGGGAAAUAACAAGUGA